AUGCACGUCCCCGUUCUAGGACGUCUCGAGCUGUCACAUUGGCCCAUGCUGUUUGUGUCGCUCUUCCUCGUCUGCCUCGAGUUUCUCGUGAGCUUCAUCACCGCUCUGCUCCCCAACUUCUUCAUUGAAUGGUGCCACGACAAGGUCGAGAUUCUGCAGGUCUACUUCCCCAGCACCGGCGAGGUUGCUCUCAGAAAGUCUCCCGAGCAGCUCGAAACCGUCAACGCUCUGCUCAAGGCCCGAGACUUUGUUGAAAUCUGCGAUUUCCAUGGCUACCAGGCCGAAGAACAUGUGGUUCAGACCAAGGAUGGAUUUCUGCUAGGAGUGCACCGAAUCCUGCCCAAGAACCCUGCUGCUCUGCUCACCGACGACCCCGAAGUCCUCAGCACCCCCGCCCCUCCCCCGGCCUUCCUGGCUGGAAACCUCGAAGUCUACUCUUCGCCCCCCAAAAGAGGCUCCAAGCGAAGUGUGUCCUCCAAACUGAUCACCCGACCCGUUGUCUACCUUCACCAUGGUCUGCUGAUGAACUCGGAGGUCUGGGUUGUGAACACGGACGCCAAAAAGUCGAUUGCUUUUGCUCUGGCCGACCUGGGAUUUGACGUCUGGCUCGGAAACAACAGAGGCAACAAGUACUCGCGAAAACACAUGAAAUACAACCCCGAGUCGCGCGAGUUCUGGGAUUUCUGUCUCGACGACUUUGCGCUGUUUGAUAUCCCCGAUUCCAUUGACUAUAUUCUGUCUGUGACCAAACAGAAGUCUCUGUCUUACAUUGGAUUCUCCCAGGGUUCAGCCCAGGCAUUUGCAUCUCUGGCUAUCCGACCUCCUCUCAACGAUAAGGUCAACCUAUUCAUUGCCGUUGCCCCCGCCAUGUCUCCUCCUGGCCUGAGAUCCAAGAUUGUCAACUCCCUCAUGAGAGCUUCUCCACAGCUGCUGUUCCUCUGCUUUGGUCGAAGAGCUAUCUUGUCAUCCUCUCCCUUCUGGGAGUCGGUUCUGGACGCAAAACUGUAUGCUCGAAUCAUCGAUGCUGCCUGCAGAAUGCUGUUUGACUGGUACGGAGAGAACAUCACCUGGCCCCAGAAGAUUGCAGCCUACCACCACCUGUACUCGUACACCUCUGUCAAGUCCGUCGUGCAUUGGUUCCAGAUCAUCCGAGCAGCCUCCUUCCACAUGUUUGAGGAUGUCAUCAACUCUCCCCUGGACCCUCAUCUGUGCAAGUACUCCACUGUCACCCGAUACCCCACCGAGAACAUUCGGACACCCAUUGCUCUGAUCUACGGCAAGACCGACUCGCUGGUGGACAUUGACCAGAUGCUGUCUACUCUACCCUCAUCCACUAUUGCAUUUGGAGUCCCCAAACAUGAGCAUCUCGAUCUUCUGUGGGGAGACGAAGCCGACACUCUGGUUAUCCCCAAGAUUGUCGCUCUGCUCGAUUAUUACACACCUGUGCCCAGAAGUAACAAGAGCAGCAGUGACCAUAUCAGCGAGCGUCUAUUUGAGCCUGCUAACUCCAAGGUCUCGGGUCUGGGACUCAGCCAGGACCUCAAGUCGCCAUUGUCUUUGAAAAAGAGAUCUCUCUCCAACUCCUCAUCGAUCCAGGACUCUCAUAAGGUCGGAGGAGACACAGACUCGGUUCUAAGUCUCCGAAACCUCACUCCCAAGGGGUACGCUCUUGGAAGUGCCAAGCCAGUGAGUGGCACUCUCAACCCUUGA